AUGAGUGAUACUUUAGUAGCAUUUGUUCAAAAUGGAAGUAUUCCUGAAUCAAGAAUUGAUGAUAUGGCUACGCGCAUUAUCGCACCUUACUAUCUUAUUGGACAAUAUCAAGAUUAUCCAACGGUUGAUCUUGACCGUGAUACCAUGGAAAAUAACUAUAUAAUUAAUCGAGAAGCCGGUCGUGCUGGUACGAUAUUACUAAAGAAUGUCAACAAUAUAUUACCAUUAAAUUCUUCCGUCAAUACAAACAUUUAUAUCUAUGGACAAGCAGCUAGUCAAACGAAUUAUGGUCUUGAACAAAUAUCAUGGAAUGCAAAUUGUGGAGGUGCAUUAUAUCAAGGUGGUGGUUCAGGUUUUGUUCGACCAGUCUAUGCUAUAGAUCCUCUCACUGCACUGAUGCAAAAGGGUCGAGAUGAUCGUCUUUAA